AUGGCUUCUUCUGAAGGCAUGCCCGUUGUGAACCUUCAGUAUUUGGAUUAUUGUGUGGGUCAGGAGGGUCCUGCGAAGUCAAGGUACCACAAAAAAAUAACUGUUUGUGGCUUCAACCCAUAUGCAUCGAGGAAAAGUGAUUUCCCUGAAAACAUCGAACUCCUACCGAACAUUCAAUAUCCAGAAAUUGUCAAGUACUUGGUAGUGAAAACCUCAUGGGCUACAAAAACCCAAAUGAAGGCCUACAAAUCGAUGGAAGCGUACCAUUUCUUUAUGUUUGGAUGGGUGAAUACUCUGUAUGUGAUCUGUUGAUAGCGAUAAAGUUGUCACAGAGACAAUGGGACACCCCACUUAGAACAUGUUUCUGGCAGAAAAUGUGGAACUGUAAUUGCUGCCCAUUGUGAUUGCAUGGGAGGGUUAAGUGAAGGGUGUUCUCAUGUUGGGGCAGUGCUGUGGAGGCUGAUGUUAGAAUUAGCGAUUCUACCACAUGCACACAGGAAAAGAACAAAUGGCUUCUCCCUAGUCAUAUGAAAGAAAUCUGUACAGUAAAAGCAGUCUUGUCCCUUGUCACACCUUUUAAUGAGAAGUAUACUUGUAGAGAAAUUGACAAUGUACCCAAGCCCUUGCCCAAUAGCUUGUUUAAAGAAGAGUUUAUGCUGUUAGACUUCAUGGAGUUGCUGCAGCAGUGUCAACAAAUAUCGCUUUAGAUUACACCUGAUGAGUGUCGAGCAAUAGAAGCUUCAACCAGAAAGCAGUCAAAAAGUAAAGUUUGGAACCAACAAUGGUAGGUCUUAUUACUGCUUCCAAUCUAAAAACUGCUUGUAAAACAAAUACAGCUAAGCCUGCUAAGAGUCUUGUUAAGUUCAUAUGCUACCCUGAAGCCCAUAAGUUUUCAACUGCGGCAACAGGGUGGGGUUGUAAACAUGUAAAGCUUACCAGAUAG